GGACGAACUCUGUGCCCGUAGGACAUUACGUCGGAUCAGUCGACUCCGGACCACGUUCUCGUGCGAACUACCCCCGAGCACAGUCGACGCGUUUUCCUCCUUGCCCGCCGACGUUUGUCGCAGCAGACGACCGACCGCGGUGGACGCCGAGAUAAAUAGGGUCACGAGCGGAGCAUGCCGCCUCGAGAAAAGCGUCAACGGUCAUCGGACACUUUUCGGCGCUCCGUUAUUAUUGAUGUCACACACGCGAAAAGGUGUAUAGAAUGAGAAAAAUUCGAUCAAAGGUUGAUUCUGCGGUAUAGGAAUAUCAAAGAAAAUUAAAAUACUUAGCAUGGCGGCUGUGAAGUCGUGAGUGCGGACGAACAAUGGUAGUGAUUAUAAACGCUAUCGUAGUUUCUUUGCUGUCAGUCGUCGUUGCAGAAGUCCAAAAAGAAUGCGUUUUGGAGUUACCUACAAACGGCUCACGCGAUGUUUACUGUGACGCCAUACCGUACAAAGUCGACUUAACUCACACUAACGGUAUGACCAAACUGGAUAUAUCGCAAAAUAAUUUGAACGGGAUUUAUAUCGCUAGUGAUAAAAACAUGACGGUACCAACAGUUGACUUGUCCAGAAAUAACAUCCUAAAUCCUUGCCACGUUGCCAUUAGUAAUAUGGUAAGAGUUGAUUCCAUGAUACUAUCGUUCAAUAAGGUACACAAUUUCUCAAUGUGUUCAGACAUUAGAAAUCUAACGUUGAGUUGGAAUUACAUUAAGUCGUUGAAUAAAACCGACAUGGUAAAUGCGUCUUCUCUGGAAGUUUUGGAUCUUGGAAAUAAUUUUAUCUUGUGGAUUGAAAAUAAUACGUUUGUUGGAAUGCCGGAUCUGCAAUGGUUAGACUUACGAGGUAACGCGUUAACGAGGAUAUCAGAAAAAACGUUACCAAGUACUACAUUACGAUAUCUCGACGUUUCCGAAAACUAUGAUCUCGAUCAUACUACAGUAUUUCAGCCCUUUGAGAAUCUAGUUGAAUUGAACAUUGCCAAAAAUGCAGAAUUAGCACCUGUUGUUUUGGGUUCCGGUCCAAGACUUCAAGCAUUGGAUGCUUCGCAUACUAAUCUUACAGAAGUUCCAGUCACGCCAGCUCCGCUGUUAGGCUCACUCAUAUUGAGCGGUAAUGCGAUAAAAGCAGUGAAUAGCGGUGACCUAGAUGGUUUUCCCCUUCUCCAUUUGCUUAACAUUAGUGCUAAUCGCAUUACCAUGGUCGAAGACGACGCAUUCGGUCGGCUCGAUUUACUGAUCGUACUGGACUUGAGUAAUAACUUAUUGGAAACGGUACCCAAAAGUCUCCCAGGAAGUUUAGAAAAAUUGAAUCUAGAAGGUAAUAGAAUACAGAACUUGAGUGUCGAAGACUUUGAGGGUUGUAAACGACUGAAACAAUUAAAUGUUCGGAAAAAUAAUAUCAGGCACAUACAGGAACUUACAUUUGCGUCGUUAUUAUUUCUUGAUGUUUUAGAUUUAUCCGAAAAUCCAAUUAAAAUGAUUACUAGAGAAAUGUUAACAGGUCCAGUAAGAUUAAAAGUCUUGAAGCUGGAGGGGUUAACGGCACCAGAAACACCAACGUUCCCAUUUACUGAUACACGUUACUUGAACCGAAUCCAACUGGCGUACAGCAAACACCUUGCUGCAAUCCUGUUAAACGACAGUGCUGUACUGUCAUCUUUGUUUCAACUUGAAUAUUUAGACUUAACGGAAUGCGAUGUGAUUUCACUUCCCAACCGUUUAUCUUAUCAUAUGCCCAAAAUGAAAACAUUGAUAUUGAACGAACUCAAGUGCGUCGAAUCGUGGCUCAGAGACUGGCUGUGUGAGAUCCACGCACCCGACGAUCAACAUUCCAAGUUGAGUAAAACUGAACUGAGACUCAGGAACUACCGGCCGCAAAAACUCAAGUCCAGUGUGGAGGGUGUGCAAUGUAGACGAGAUAAUGGCAGUGUUCAACAGGUGUUUGAUGCAGAUUACUGUGCCACGAUUACUACGACUCCGACAUAUCGAGUCACUACGACUACAACAGAACAGACAGCAGUAUUUGCACGGCUAAGAGCGAAAGACGAUCCGAAGAAUGUGCACGUUGCAGCAAAAACGACUCAUCCAGGUAUGAUAGUUUUUGUGUGUAUUGUAUUGUUGUUAAUACUUUUAGCGUGUGGCACUGUCUGGGUUGGAAUGAGGGGUGAUGCACUAAAGAGUUUACAUUGGAGGCAAAAUACAGCGGACGUGGAUUACCAAAGUAUCGAAAUUAAGAGCCUGGAAAGUUUAAACCACGUAGAAAGGUGGUGAAAUAAGUCUGAAGAAUAAACUGUUUAUAAGUCUAAAUUUAAACUUGUAUUAUAAUUUUUUUUUUUUUAUGUUUUUAAAGUUUGAGACCAAAGCCGAAAUGGCGCAGCGUAGCAAAAAUGUAUUAUUUAAAAAUUAGUCAUUAAUUCAUUAACUAUAACACUAAUAAAACGCAAUAUUGCUAUUGCUAUAAAUGAUAAUAAUAAUUUAAAUGUACGUUAUAAUAUGUUUAAUACAUACGUCCUAUUGAUUGAAUAUCAUUUUAUAAAAUGUCAACAAUAUAAUAAUUGUAUUUGUAUCUUGUAUUGAUUUAUGUUGCUGUGUAAUCAUAUAGGUUGUUGUGAAACGUUGUAAAAAAAAAAAAUGUAAUAUUAAACUGAUAUACCUUUAGUGUCAUUUUCUGUAAUUGUGAAUAAUAAUAUUUACGUUGUUCAUAAUUUUAAAUCAUAUUAAUAAAAAAUCGUAUAUCGAAUGCUACGCUGCUAAGUCCAAUACAUACUUCUGUUUGAAUGUAUUUGAUUACUACUAAACUACAUUAUUUUAAUUAUAAUUUUAUGAUGUAUUAUUGUAACUGACAUUUUGUAUGACUACAUUAUUAUUAAUUAUAAUUAUAGACCUGACGUGUAAAUAUGAAUUUAAGUAGAUUAAACGUGGAAAA